CGGUCCCCAAAAUCACUUUUGACUAAAGUCCAAUGUUUUGGUUUAUGGUUGAACAAAGAUCAACCUGAACUGUUUCUACAUUCAGAAGAGAACUAAAUAAUGUAGACACGAAACGACCUUUUUCACUGAGUCUGAGAACAGUUCCUAAGAGUUAUAACACCGUGGACUCCGGAAGGGAAAAGGACCGAGGUACUAUGGAGGGCGAGAAAGAAGGAGAUGACCCUGAAUCCAGAUGCUCUGAAGAGCUCAGGCUGGUCCUCAUCGGAAAAACAGGAUCCGGCAAGAGUGCGUCUGGAAACACCAUCCUGGGCCGGAGGCAGUUCCUGUCACAGAUCAGCGCCAGCUCAGUCACCCAGAGCUGCCAGGUUGGGAGCACCGAGGAAGAGGAUGCUGAGGAGGAAGACCAGACUCUCACACAGAGGAGGAUGAGGAGGAUUACAGUGGUCGACAUGCCGGGGUUUGGGGACACUCACUUAUCUGUGGAGCAGAUCCAUGCAGAGGUGGCCAAAUGUGUGUCUCUCUCUGCCCCCGGGCCUCAUGCUUUCCUGCUGGUGGUGCCAAUAGGGCGUUACACAGAGAACGAGAACCAGGCUGUGUGCGAGUUGACCAAAAUAUUUGGCGAGGAGGCAGUCCGUCACCACACAGUGAUUCUUUUUACCCGUGGUGAUGACCUGGAGGGUAUAGGGAUCGAAGAUUAUCUGAAAGCGACGGCGCCUGCUGGGCUUAAAGCUCUGAUUGACAGGUGUGGAGGAAGGUACCAUGUACUCAACAACAAAGACCCCAGCAACCCAGCGCAGGUUAAAGAGCUAUUACUGAAAGUGGGCAACAUGGUGAGGCAGUCUAAACAAGGGUUUUAUACUAAUGACAUGUUUUUAGAAGCAGAGGCUGCCAUUAGGCAGGAGCAGAAGAGGAUGCUGAUGGAGCAAGCUGAGGGGGAAGAACAGGAUAUAUUUGGAAAAAGAAGGAAGUGUGACUUGGAGUCUUACAGUGUAGAAAGCACAUAUGAGGAUCCAGUAGCAGGGAGUUGGAGAGAGGAAGGGAGGAGGACUUUAGAGUGGAGAGGUGGACAGAGGAGAGCAGAGGCAAUCCUUUUAGCUUCCUGAGAAACAGAGUUGAACAAUGUAGAGAUAAGUUCAGAGGCAGCCGGUCUGUGAGCAGGCGCCGGUCUCUCCGUUCCCCCCUUAUGAGGAGGGAGGCAGCGCUCUCUUCUAAGGUGCUGGAGAGGGUUAAGAUCCUGGUGGCUGCCGGGGCCACAGGCCUGGCAGUGGGGGCCGUUUUCGGGGCCGCUGCACCUUUAGCAGCUGCUGCCGGGGCCUCUCUUAUGGGGAACUCUGUUGGUUUCGCAGCGAGUCAAUUUGCCGGUAUGUCUGUCGCUGGAAGUUCAGGUGUUGGGAACGCCGUGGGGGCCAUAGUGGCUGCAGCUUCUGGGAAAACCGCAGUAGCUCUGGGGGCGGCGACGGGUGGAGUUUUGGGUGGUUCUGUCGGAGCCAUUGCUGCUGCUGAAGCUGCCAGUCCUGGGGAGGGCGCUCUGGAUGCCCUGGGGCAGGUUAGUCUCAUAGGGGUAUCUGCUGUGGGGGUGGCAGCAGGGGUGGGAGGUACCAUUGGAGCUGGGGCGGCUUUAGGAGCAGCUCUGGAGGGAGCAGCUUUCAGCACAGCAGCUCUCAGUGGAACUGAAGCUGCAGCAGUAGGUGGCGGGACAGCAGCUGUAGCUGUAGCUAAUGCUAAUGUAGCUUCACUAGCAGGAAGUGUUGCUCCUCCGUUAGCUGCAGCUCGGGGAGCAUUAGCUCAGGUGGCAAAUGCCCCGGUGGCUGCUGAGACUCCAGGAGUUCUAUGCGGGUUUACAGGGCCCAGUGUGUCAUCUGUGGCCGGCAGCGUUGUGUCGGACCCCUGGGGGAAGGUGGCUGUGUCAACACGCCUCCUGAGUGCAGUGGCUGAGAUAGGAAAGGCUGCAGCGGGCAUUGCCUUGGCGGGCGGUCUGGUGGUGAAGGUGGUGAAGGAAAAAGUGAGAUGUGGCACAGCAUCAAGCGAAGCCAGCUACUCAGAGAAGAAGUCGUAUGAGAUCUACUGGAACAAACAGUGAGAUUAUAUUUCCUAUGAAGUCCUACACUCCACAGUAGCUGCCCUCAGAGACAGAUAGCACACAUUAUAAUAAAUAAAGGAGAGGAGAAAUUGCAAUUGCAUUAAUAUUGGUUGGAGCCGUUUGAGGCUGGUGAAUUAAUUCAGUGACAUUUGCGGUGCUGCGUGGGAGGUUUAAAAUAAGAUUGUUAUUCAUAUCACAGUGGUUUGAAUAAGAACUUAUGUCUGCACACUUUAUUAAAUAAAGAGACAUUUAAUGUUGGCCUUAAGAAGAAUCAAAGAGUUGAACAAAGAGAGAGAUGUGGUCUAUGUCACUCAAUACACUAAUGGGUGUUGAAAACUGAACAAAAGCACUAUAAGUAUUAUAUUUUUAUUGAUGUGUUAAACUAAUAAAAAUAGGUGGUUGUAUUGCAGUUUCACAUCCUGUUAUCUUUCAACCGUUUUGCACUUUUACUAGUAUUAGUUAUGAUCAACUUGUUAAUCAUUACUGCAAAUAUGUCAGCAGUUCUGUGUUCACUUUGAUGCAAUGAAAUAAAGGAAUAAAGUAUUCUUCCAUGACUGAAAA